AUGCCGGUCUUGGAGGAGCUGACAUUGGAAAAUUUCAAAAGCUACAGGGAGCAAAUAACCAUCAAGAUGAUGCAGUUCUCGUCGAUCAUCGGACUCAACGGUGCAGGAAAAUCGUGUUUGGUGGACGCGGUCAAGUUUGCGUUUUGCUUUUCGCCGUACGACAUAAUGCCCAUUGAUGCUUUCAAAAAUGAAGUUUGCCACAAAGAUGGCACAGAUAAUUCAAGAUCUACGGUAAAAGUUAAACUCAAUGUUGAUGAUAAAUUAACGACUAUUCAGCGCACUGUCGAUUACGAUGAAUAUUCAAUUAAAUAUUUCAUCAACGACAAAGAGGUUGAUCGAAAGACUUUCAGGGAACUCUUGUUGAUGUUUAAUAUAAAUCCCAGAGCCAAUAAUCUUUUCAUUGAGCAAAAUAUGGUGGACAACUUAAUUAUCAUGGACCCAAAAGAAAGAGCCGUGUAUUUCGAACAACUCUGUGGAUCGGCGUCUUUCAAAGCCGAAUACGUGAGAGUUUUGAGAAAUCUCAAAGAAAUUGACACCCGAAAAAAGAAUUUGCAGUCGGAGAAAAAUUAUUUUUCCAAGACCAAGAAAGCCCUCAAGAACAUGUCCAAGGAAACGGAGAGACACAAUGAGCUCACAGAUAAUCUUGAUAAACUAGAAUUUCAGUACUAUUAUGCACAGCUGUACCUAAUCGACAGUAAUUUCGAACGACUGCUUCAAGAAAAAAAUCAAACGGGUAAAAUUAUUAGUACAACCGAGAGACUGCAAAAAUCGACCCAAGCUGAAAUAGAGAAGCUGCAAGGUGCCAUUCAAAAUAAGCAUGAAGAUUUGAAUAUUUAUGAAGACAAAGUGCGGAAACGAAAAGUCAAAGUUGAGGAAUAUUUGACUGACAUGCUUCAGCUCAAUCAAAAGCUUACUGUUAUUAAAGACAAAAUUGGACAGUUGGAAGCAAACUUAACAAAAGCCAAAAAGACCGAUGCAGCUCAUGAAAGAAUCGUUAAAGAUCUUGAGUGUCAGCUGCAACAGGUGGAAGAAGACAAGCUUUCGUUUACAAAAAGCCAGGCGACAACCUGUUCAUUGGAAUUGGAAGAUCAAAAAUACGUGGAGUAUCUACGGUUGAAAUCAGAAGCUCAAGUAAAAUCUGCCAAAGAGUUCCAAAUGCUUGGUUCUAUUGAACGUGAGAGAGAAUCUAUUAAAGACAAAAUUGAAGAUUAUUUGAAUGGCCAAAUUCUCAAAAUUAAACAAAAUAUUCAGAAAUCAGAAGUAUCUGAAAAAUGCAAGCAAGAAAAAUGUCAAAAUUUGAUUGAAAAAAGUGAGGCACUGAAAAACAAUAUAGAUAUAUUAGAAGAUCAGGUUCAUGUUUUGAACCAGCAAUGGAUUGAAAGUAAAGAAUCAGCUUACGAAAGCAAAAUAGCUAGAAAACGACAGGAAGUAUUGAAUACGUUGAAAAGUGUUUUUCCAGGAGUUGAGGAUCGGUUGAAGAACAUAUGUCGUGUCAGUGAAGAUGGCUAUCAAAUAGCCAUAACUAAAUUAAUGGGUAAAAAGAUGAAUGCAAUUGUAGUUGAUACGAAAGAAACUGCCAGUAAGUGUAUUGAGUUUUUAAAAAAAAAAUAUUUCGGCGAAAAGCACUCUGUUAUGGAAACCUUUUUGCCAAUUGAUUACGUCCAAAUUAAGCCACUAGAAAAAGCGCUGAGAAUGGUGAAGAGUACACCAAAUGCAAAAGUUGCUGUGUUUGCCAUGCGUUCUGCAUCUAAAGGAGUUCAGAAAGUUUUGCAUCACGUGUUAAGAGAUGCAAUUAUUUGCGAAACUGACAACGAGGCAUUGGAGCUUUCCAAAAAGUGUCAAAUUGAUUGUGUCUCUCUCAGCGGUACGCUAUUUCGUAGGAACGGUAUAAUAUCUGGUGGCUUAGCCAGUUUGUUGGAAAAAUCGAAAGAGUGGUCAGAUAAAGAUAGAGAGAAGCUAAAAAACGAUAAGUGUACAAGAAUCUUUACGGGAAAUUAUGCUCGAACUUUCCACACUCAAUACUACGUUGGAAAAGCAUCUUAUACCACUACUCAAGGAAAAGCAAGAGGAUUUAGGAAAGAAAAAAAGAGAAUUGCUGAUACUCGAAAAAAACUUUGCUGCUUUUGA